AUGCUGUUUUUCGUCCCUUCAUCUCCCUGCUCCGGCCAAUUACGUUGAGCUGGAAGUGUAAGUCAUUCACAUGGUUGUAGUGAAGGUCGGAAGACGGCCGCUUAAAUAACAGGAGAGGCACACGGAGGCUGCAGGAAAUACGCCAUGUCUAAAGCAUCUCGCGCCGCCAAAACUGUAAAGAAAAUCGAUGUGGCGGGAGUGAUUCGUGCGUACGUCAGAGCUGGCCAAGCGGCUCCUGGCCCACCUUUGGGACCCACCUUGGGACAGAGGGGGAUCCCAAUUGGCCAGUUUUGCAAAGAAUUCAACGAGAAGACCAAAGACAUCAAAGAAGGAAUCCCUCUUCCAGUUAAAAUUUGUGUCAAGCCUGACAGGACAUACGACCUGAAAAUUGGGCAACCUCCGGUGUCAUAUUUCUUAAAAUAUGCAGCCGGCAUUGAAAAAGGAGCUACACAAACGGGUCAUGAGGUGGCAGGAAUGGUGACGCUGAAGCAGGUCUAUGAAAUAGCAUUGGUGAAGUCAAAAGAUGAAGCAUUUGUGCUGCGGGAUAUGGAGUUAAAAAAUGUGGUGAAAUCCAUCAUAGGAAGUGCAAGAUCAUUGGGAAUCAAAGUGGUGAAAGACCUUUCAGCAGAGGAAUAUGAAAAGUUUUUAGAAGAGAGGCGACUAUUUCUCCAAGCUGCAGCUGAAGCACAAAACGCAGAGGCCACAGCAACAUCUAAGAAGAAAUGACCUCAAAAUGGAAUGUGACUCUUUGAACUAUGUGAAACUGAAAGGCCCCUCAAAGGACUCCAUCCAUGAUUGAGACAAAGUGGCUUGCAAACCCCCCCCAAAAAACUGUUUUUGGUUAUCGAGAAAAAUGUGCCAGAGAGACCUGAGCAGGGUGUCCCCUGUACUAUGUGUUGUAAUAAAGAAAAUACAGCCAGCUGGCUGAAACUGUUUUCUAA